CGUCUCGUAUUUCAAAGCGGAACUCAAGUUGACUUUGAGCGUUUGUUUCCACACGGGCAGAUAAUCCCGUUUAUCGUCGUUACGUAGCGGAGAUGGCAGCCCUCCGGACGGCACUUCAUGGACGACUUGUUCAGGCCCUCCCCUUUUCUUUUGGCUCACUGCGGUUCGCCAGCUCCUUUAAGGCGGCAGAUCUCGUCAUAGAACGCAACUCAGAAUGCAAGUCGAAGCCGGACCCCUCCACCUUGGUGUUUGGGAAACAGUUCUCCGACCACAUGUUGACCAUCAAUUGGUCAGAGAAGGGCGGCUGGGAUGCUCCAAAGAUCAAACCUUUCCAGAACCUGUCACUGCACCCUGCCAGCUCUGCACUGCACUACUCCAUAGAGCUAUUUGAAGGCAUGAAGGCGUUCCGUGGAGUCGACAACCACAUCCGCCUCUUCAGACCGAUGCUGAACAUGGAGAGGAUGCAUCGGAGCGCAGACAGAAGCUGCCUUCCUCUGUUUGAUAAAGGUGAACUGCUGGAGUGCAUCAGGAAGCUGGUGGAGGUGGACCAGGACUGGGUUCCCUUCUCCCAGGACGCCAGCCUCUACAUCAGACCCACCUUCAUAGGAACUGAGCCGUCCCUCGGCGUGUCUCGGGCAGGACAGGCUAUGAUCUUUGUCAUCAUCGGCCCAGUGGGACCUUACUUCGCCACAGGGUCCUUUAACCCUGUUUCUCUGUUGGCGGACCCUUCGUUUGUCAGGGCCUGGCAAGGAGGCGUCGGGGCCUAUAAGAUGGGAGGUAACUACGGCCCUACGAUAGCAGUGCAGAACGAGGCGGUGAAGCGUGGCUGUCAGCAGGUCCUGUGGCUGUAUGGGGAGCAGGAGGAGAUCACUGAGGUCGGCACCAUGAACCUCUUCAUCUACUGGACCAAUGACAAAGGAGAGAUGGAGUUGUGUACCCCUCCUCUGGACGGCAUCAUUCUCCCAGGAGUCACCAGACAGUCUCUGCUGGACCUGGCCAGAGGCUGGGGUGAGUUCAAGGUAACGGAGCGCACAAUGGGUAUGAAGGAGCUGCUAGGGGCUCUUGAUGCCGGGAGGGUCAAGGAGGUGUUCGGAGCGGGGACGGCCUGCGUUGUGUGUCCUGUGGGCAGCCUCCUCUACAGAGGAAAGACAUAUGAGAUCCCCACUAUGCAGAACGGUCCGGACCUGGCAAAGAGGUUCUACAAAGAGCUUACUGAUAUUCAGUAUGGACGCAAACCAAGCGAAUGGGCACCACUGGUUGUCUAAACGGCCUUAUUGCACAUGCCAGUUGUAUCAACAGUUAGUCCCAUGAUUCCAGUUUGGACGACCAGCAGCCCCCCCCACCCCCACCCCAAACUCUCAACCCACUAAUGCACUCCUGCUUAUUCCCCAACCGAGGAGACAAACGCCUCUCUCUGUCGGCCUUCUCAGGCAACUCUAACAGGUUUCUCUUGUCAUGGACUCUCAUAGGAAAACAGUUGGUGGUUUGAAUGUCUCGCUUUGGAAAGCAAUAUUAACAACAAUAUGCAAUGUUCUGACUUGACCCUUAACCUCGAGGUAUGCAAAGCUGAAAAAAACAGCUGUCUUUGGAAGAAACAAUUCAAGCAGCCAGAUAAGGAAACAUGGCUGCUGGUGACAUGUUAACAUGAGCACAUUCAAAUCUCUAAUCUAAAUGGGUUAACUUGCAAAAAGGAUACAUUCUAUUCAAGUGUUUUCCCUUUUUUUCACUUGGAUAAAUGCCUCACGAGGACUUUGCUUAUACCUAAUAGCACAAACAUUCAUUUUCACUAACGCCUCAUUCUGGCAUUAACAAAAAAAGGCACAAACUGACGUGUUUCAGUAGUAGGAGGUGAAAUAUUUGCAAUAUUAAAGCGGUUACAUAUUUGAUGUGUAGGACAGUUACUUGGGGCACGUAAUCUAUACUUGCUGUUUCUCAUGAAAUUAUGUAUUAACAUAUAUUUCACAAAAUGAAAAACUUGUAGUGACAAUAAGCUGUACUUCUUGCAACAACCUGUGGCGUUUUCUCUGAAUACCUUUUAACUGUUACAUGUGAUCAAGUGCAUCAUAGGAUAAUGUUUUGUUUCUGUCGUGUACAUAAUGAUCUAAGAGAGUAAUGCUGUUAGUUUUAUGGGGCCACGUCACUUUGAACCCAGAGUUUGCACUGACCUUGUUUAAUGUCAGGUUUGUAUUUUGAGUGUGAGUCAACUAUUUAAGAGAGGAAACAGAAUUUUUUUGUUUUGUUGGUUUUGUUUGUUAAGAAUGCACAAAAAACUUGAGAUUAAGAAGGUCUAAUGAGAGGACGACAUGCUGUAGAAGAGGACUGUUACAGACUGGCAGUGACUCCUGCACUAGUUUGUGUGUAAUCAUUAUGAAAACAAUACAACAAAUAGUGUUGUUAUUUCAAAGGUUUUCAAAUAUAUAUUUUCCCCUCGUUUUGAUGUGAAAUUAGGCCGACUGUCUUCCAAAGUACUGUGCUGUAUUCCUGGCUUCAUGUCCUUCCCUCUGCGGUUUCCCUCACUUUUGAAUGUAUUUUUCAUUUUUACACACACACGACACAUACCUGCCCCUCUCUUCUGUCUAAGUGCCUGACCUCAGUCUGUUAGCUUGUUGUUCUGUGGAUCUUAAGCUGCUGUUGAUGUUUUGUUUUCUCGUUUGUGCACUAGGGGAUGUAGCUGGAUUCUUUGUCAGCCUUUAGUUGUUUUUAGUUUUUUAAAUGUGCUGUAACUUUUACAUGGCUUUAAUGUUUUUACAAUAAACCUGAUCUAAGUUCA